AUGUCGCUCCUUGAGGCGAAGGUCAAGAGCGUCCUCUCCGGAGACACGGUCAUCUUACACAACAUCAACAACCCGAAGCAAGAGCGCACGUUGAGCUUGGCCUAUGUUACCGCCCCGCGACUGCGGCGGGAAGGAGACGAGCAAUUCGCUUUCGAAUCGCGCGACUUCCUCCGCCGUCAGCUUGUAGGCAAGGUCGUACAAUUUAAGAUCCUGUACAAGAUCCCUACGGGCGCCAACCGCGAGUACGGCCUGAUUUCGCUACCGAACCGAACAAAUCUGCCGGAUCUCGCUGUCGCCGAAGGCUGGCUAAAGCUGCGCGAUGACGCCGGCCGCAAGGAGGACUCUGAGGAAGCCUCCGCACUCUUGGAGAAGCUCCAGGUGUACGAGGCGCGGGCAAAGGCAGAGUCGAAGGGCCUGUGGCAGGAGUCUGGUGGCAGAAUCAGCUCUUCUUCCGAGCUGAGCGAUUCGAAACAGUUUGUGGAGGACCACAAGAGCCAAGAUCUCACCGCAAUCGUGGAGAAGGUCCUCGCCGGUGACCGCCUCAUCGUCCGCUUCCUCCUCUCGCCGACCGAACAUGUGCAGACCCUCGUCCUUAUUGCCGGCAUCCGGGCACCAGCCACGAAGCGAACAAACCCUUCGGACGGCAAGGAGCAACCAGCAGAGCCUUUUGGUGACGAGGCGCAUCAAUUCGUCGAGACGCGGUUGUUGCAGCGAAAUGUUACCGUCAACGUAUUGGGAAAUAGCCCUAACGGACAGAUUGUAGCGACUAUCAAACAUCCCACCCAAGGCAGCAUUGCGCCAUUCUUGCUGAAGGCAGGUCUGGCCAAGUGCACCGACCACCAUACUACGUUACUCGGUGGUGAGAUGGCCGCACUCAGGCAAGCUGAGAAGAGCGCAAAGGACUCCAGGCAAGGUGUUUAUCAAGGUCAUGUUGCCCCGAAGGCUUCAUCCGCUGGUCAGAACGAAGCCGUCGUGAGCAGAGUCCAGAGUGCCGACACUUUGUUCGUAAGAAACAAAGCUGGCGCAGAGAAGCGCAUCAACCUGAGCAGUGUCCGCCAGCCAAAGCCAACCGAUCCUAAGCAGUCCCCAUGGGUACCUGAGGCAAAGGAAUUCUUGCGGAAAAAGUUGAUCGGAAAGCAUGUCCUGUUUCACGUUGAUGGCAAGCGCCCAGCUACUGAGGGCUACGAUGAGCGCGAGAUGGCCACGGUAACAUAUCAAGGCCAAAACGUUGGUCUGCUGCUCGUGGAGAAUGGUCUGGCUUCCGUGAUUCGUCACCGCCAAGACGAUACUGACCGUAGCCCUAUCUACGACGACCUUCUGCUCGCCGAGUCAGCAGCACAGGAGGCGCAGAAGGGGUUGUGGUCGCCCAAGGCUCCCUCGGCGAAACAAUAUGUCGAUUAUUCAGAAUCGCUCGAGAAGGCCAAGCGCCAGCUGACUCUCCUCUCACGACAACGCAAGGUCCCCGCUAUUGUUGAUUUUGUAAAGUCUGGAUCUCGCUUCACUGUUCUUGUGCCUCGCGAGAACGCCAAGCUCACCUUCGUACUCUCCGGCAUCCGCGCGCCACGCUCUGCACGAAAUCCGACUGAGCAGGGCGAGCCAUUUGGUCAAGAGGCACAUGAGUUCGCCAACAAGCGUUGUCAGCAGCGAGAUGUGGAGAUUGAUGUGGAGGAUUGCGACAAAGUGGGUGGCUUUAUUGGCGCGCUUUACAUCAACCGCGAGAAUUUCGCAAAGACCCUGGUCGAAGAAGGUCUCGCAACAGUACACGCCUACUCGGCUGAGAAGUCUGGCAACGCGAACGAGUUGUUCGCUGCCGAGCAACGUGCGAAGGACGCGCGGAAGGGACUGUGGCAUGACUAUGACCCUUCACAGGAUGAGGAUGCAGAGCAGGCUGAUUCAGGCGCUGAUGUCAACGGCCAGAAUGGCGAUGCAGCAGUGGAGCGCCGGAAAGACUACCGCGAUGUACUCGUGACGCACGUUUCCGAUGAAGGUCGAUUGAAGCUGCAGCAAGUAGGCACUGGUAGCUCCGCCUUGACCGAGCUCAUGAACGCUUUCCGCAGCUUCCAUCUCAACCCGACGAACAACCAGGGCCUGCCGAACCCCCCGAAGGCCGGCGACUUCGUGGCUGCCAAGUUUACUGCAGACGAUGAAUGGUACCGAGCUCGUAUCCGACGCAAUGACAGGGAGGCAAAGAAGGCCGAAGUCGUCUACAUUGACUAUGGCAACUCGGAGACCAUCCCCUGGUCGCGUCUUCGUCCUCUCUCGCAGCCGCAAUUCUCUCCGCAAAAGUUGAGAGCCCAGGCUCAAGAUGCACAGCUGUCGUUCGCCCAGUUACCCAGCAACCCUGAGUACCUCGCGGAUGCUAUCCACUUCAUUGCGCAAGAGACGGCCGACCGCCAACUCGUCGCUAACGUAGACCAAGUGGACAAGGACGGAACUCUCUGGGUGACCCUGUUCGACCCCAAGCAGAGCGACAAGCCCGACGAGAGCAUCAAUGCGGAAGUGAUUAGCGAGGGUCUCGCGAUGGUGCCAAAGAAGCUGAGGGCGUGGGAGCGCAGUGCAUCCGACAUCCUGGGUGCCCUGAACAAGAGGCAAACCACGGCCAAGGAAGAAAGGAGGGGUCAAUGGGAGUAUGGCGAUCUCACCGAGGACUAA